AGCAGGCGCCACCUCACACGCAGCUCCUUCCCGAGUGUGUUCCGCCCCCUCCCCACCCAGCUCACCACCACCAUGACGCCGCGCUUCCUGGCCCCUUGCUUCCUCCUGCUCCUUACAGCCCAAGACACCGCUGGCACCUCGUCCCUGGCCAUCAGCCCUACCUCAAGCUCGGCCUCCGCCCCAGGACUCCCUGACACCUCGCCCCUGACCACCACUGCCAGGUCGUCCCUGACCACCACUGACACCUUGUCCUCGACCACCACUGACUCCCCGUCCCCGACCACCACUGACACCUCAUCCCUGACCACCAAUGACACCUUGUCCUCGACCACCACUGACUCCCCGUCCCCGACCACCACUGACACCUCAUCCCUGACCACCAAUGACACCUUGUCCUCGACCACCACUCACACCUUGUCCUCGACCACCACUGACUUCCCAUCCCCGACCACCACCGACACCUCAUCCACCACUGACACCCUGACCGCCAACGACACCUUGUCCUCGACCACCACUCAUACCUUGUCCCCGACCACCACUGACACGUCGUCCCCGACCACCAAUGACACCACGUCCCUGACCACCAAUGACACCUUGUCCUCGACCACCACUGACUCCCCGUCCCCGACCACCACUGACACCUCAUCCCUGACCACCAAUGACACCUUGUCCUCGGCCACCACUGACACGUUGUCCCCGACCACCACUGACAUGUCCCUGACCACCAAUGACACCACGUCCCUGACCAACAAUGACACCUUGUCCUCAACCACCACUGACUCCUCGCCCCUGACCACCACUCACACCUUGUCCCCGACCACCACUGACAUGUCCCUGACUACCAAUGACACCACGUCCCUGACCACCAAUGACACCUUGUCCUCGGCCACCACUGACACCUUGUCCCCGACCACCACUCACACCUUGUCCCUGACCACCACUCACACCUUGUCCCCGACCACUACUGACACGUCGUCCCUGACUACCAAUGACACCACGUCCCUGACCACCAACGACACCUUGUCCUCGGCCACCACUGACACCUCGUCCCCGACCACCACUCACACCUUGUCCCCGACCACUACUGACACGUCGUCCCUGACCACCAAUGACACCACGUCCCCGACCGCUAAUGACACCAUGUCCCCGACCACCGCUGGCACCUCAUCCUUCACCAGCAGCCCCGCCAGCCACAGCGCCAGGACCACCACCAGCGCCACUAACCACAGUGUGGAGCCCGUCACCUCCUCCAAUCAUAAGACUUCUCCCCAGUUGUCCAUUAGGAUCUCCUUUUUCUUCCUGUCCUUUUCCAUUUCGAACCUUCAGUUUAACUCUUGUCUGGAAGAUCCCAACACCGGCUACUACCAGGAGCUGCAGAGAAACAUUUCUGAGUGGUUUUUGCAGGUUUAUAAUCAGGAAGAUUUUCUGGGCCUCUCCAGCAUCAAGUUCAGGCCAGGAUCUGUGGUGGUAGAAUGCACCCUGGCCUUCCGACAGGGCACCACCGAUGCCCUCAACGUGAAGACACAGCUUGACGAGCACCGAGAAGAAGCAGCCAGAUACAACAUGUCCAUCUCGAGUGUCCGUGUACGUGACGCGUCAUUUCCUUCCGCUGCUGGGUCCGGGUCUGGGGUACCCGGCUGGGGCAUCGCCCUGCUGGUGCUGGUGUGUGUCCUGCUGGCACUGGCCAUCGUCUAUCUCGUUGUCCUGACCGUGCGUCAGUGCCGCCGGAAGAACUGUGGGCAGCUGGACCUCUUUCCGCCCCGCGAUGCCUAUCACCCUAUGAGCGAGUACCCCACCUACCAUACCCACGGGCGCUACCUCCCCCCUGGGAGUACCAGACGCAGCCCCUAUGAGGAGGUCUCCGCGGGCAACGGCGGCGGCAGCCUCGCUUACACGAACCCGGCGGCCACCUCUGCCGACUUGUAGGGCGUGUUGCCUGCCCGCGUCCAGCCGGUGCCAGCUGCCUCCCCCCGGGCUCCUUGCUGCCAGGCCUCUCCUCUCAGCUCCGUCCCGGGCUGGCGAGCUGGCGGUUCAGCUUGGGCCACUCACAGGCCCCACCACGUCCCCUCACCGGCCUCGGCCCCGCCGAAACCCAUUGGAGCCCCUUGGGGACAGGCCCGGGACAGUGGCUCCCAGGAAAACAGGCCCAGAGAGCCCUGAGAGGGAAGUUAGCCCCAGAAUGUGGCUGAAUAAAACGUGGACCCCCUCUGUGCUGCCA